AUGCAUAUUAGAAACGCAAAACCCGAAGAUUUGAUGAAUAUGCAGCACUGCAACUUGCUCUGCCUGCCGGAAAACUACCAAAUGAAGUACUACUUUUAUCACGGUCUAUCCUGGCCCCAGCUGUCUUACGUGGCGGAAGACGACCAGGGUCGAAUCGUCGGGUACGUGCUUGCGAAGAUGGAAGAAGAGGCGGACAUCUCUCACGGACACAUUACCUCACUGGCAGUCAAGCGAACCAAUCGCCGACUGGGACUGGCUCAAAAGCUCAUGGAUCAGGCUGCGCGGGCGAUGGUCGAGUGUUUUAACGCUCGCUAUGUGUCUCUUCAUGUUCGCAAAAGCAACCGUGCAGCACUUCAUCUGUACCAGAAUACUCUAAAGUUUGAGAUCAGCGAAAUCGAGCCAAAGUAUUAUGCCGAUGGCGAAGAUGCGUAUGCAAUGAAGCGAGAUCUCGUUGAAUUCGCUAGACUCAAAAACAUCAAGUCUAGCGAUCCUACUUUCUUCUUUGAUAAGAAGACCGACAAAAAGACCGAUAAGAAUGCCGAUUAA